UUUUUCUCCUGCACCCACUGAGUGCGCCUGACGGAAUGUGGUACAAGUGUUGGGGCUGGGUGGGUGGAAGGCGGAUUAGUGCCCUGUUUACAUAGUUGUGCGUCUGCGGUUAUUUUGGUUACAUGCCAAUGUGAAAUACAAAAGCACGGUAGGGCCGACGUUCUGAAAACCUCUUUCCGAACCAAUUUAGAGAGAAGAGAAUAUCUCAAAACGUUACCACACUUUGUGUUAGUCCGUGCAUUUUUAUAAGUAUGGCCUUGGAGCAUCACGGUAAGCAAGGCUGAGCUCCUCUCCCGCUCGUCAAAUGGACAAAUAACAGAUAACGACGAAGUGUAGAUAAAGAGCAAAAAGUGGACUCGAGAGAAAACAGGGCCGAAAUAAUGGAAUAACGUGCAUUUAAACCCCGGGACGAUUGAGUUAUGUUGGACGCUGAGGGACAGGUGGCGGGUUAGUCCGCUGUGCUUCGGGCUCUCUGCACUCGCCUUUACCUUCACCUAUACACCUUUUUUUUUUUCACUAGAGAGUAAAUAUAAAAGAUGCACAAGUCACGCUUUUGUUUUCAAUACGUAAUCAAAUGGCAAAGUCAAAUUGAUCAAAAACUAAGUACUCUCAUAUCUCUUUUUUUUUAAUGGCGUGUUCUGUGUAGAACUUUUAGAAUUCUUUCAUGUGGUUAUUUUACCGAUCCCGCAUUUUAUAAAUUAUUUAUUCUUCCACUGACCUUCAGGCGGUGUAGAAAGCAUUUACGGUAUUUACAAUGGCAGGGCGCCACCUUUUAAAGAGCACGGAAGCCGAAAACGGCCACUUUCAUCCGGCGGUUUAUGUCAGGAUGGGGAGGGAAGGGAAGGUGAGGGAGGGCCGAACCCACCAACAUCAGCUUCCACUUGGUACUAAAGUUGCCAAAAAAGGGCCAAGAGCUCACCGACAAGGUGGAUUAUCAUCAGCAGUUUAAGUACGGACACUCUCACACUCUUCACCUUGUGCUGUGUCAACUGAUGCCAAUUGAGUUGCUGUGGAUGCUCUCGCAGGCGCCGUAAAUCUGUGAGAAACUGUCAAAGUCGGCAUGCUGCUCCAGAGGCUGCGUUCUGGGAUUCAGCUGGGCCCCCGCAACCACCGUUGGAGGAUCACCAGGACGCUCUCACAAGGUCCCCGGAGAAGCGGCCCCUUCGCCCACCGCAGCGAGCUCCGUCAGGCCAAGAGAAUCAUGGUGAAGCUGGGCAGCGCCGUGGUCACCCGAGGCGACGAGUGCGGCCUGGCUCUGGGCCGGCUGGCGUCGAUCGUGGAGCAGGUGGCGGUGCUGCAGAACCAGGGCCGAGAGAUGAUGAUCGUCACCAGCGGGGCUGUGGCCUUUGGCAAGCAGAGGCUGCGGCACGAGAUCCUGCUGUCCCAGAGUGUCCGGCAGGCACUGCACUCGGGACACAGUCAGCUCAAAGACACGUCGGUGCCCGUGUUGGAGGCCCGGGCGUGUGCGGCCUCCGGCCAGAGUGGCCUGAUGGCGCUGUAUGAGGCCAUGUUCUCACAAUACAGCACCUGUACCGCACAAGUACUCACUUGGCCUCCUCAAAGUGGUGUGUUGUGGGGAGAGAAAUUCCCAUUUUCUUCUGGAACGCUAGCUCCCGUUUCGCCGACGGCUACCGCUUUGGACUGGGAGCAGAGGUGGGCAUCAGCACGGCGCGCAUUCACGCCCGCGGCCCCGUAGGCUUGGAUGGGCUGCUCACCACCAAGUGGGUCCUCCGGGGGGAAGGCCACGUGGCCGCCGAUUUCAGCGAGUCGGGCACCAUGAAGUUUCUCCACGAAGAUCUGCGGGAGGACCCAGCCGAGGAACGACAACAGCUGAGUUGAAGAAACCUUUUCAUUCAGGGCUCUGACAUGGAUGUGAUCCGGAAGAAGGACCACUUGCUCUCGUCGAAGGGGCUCCAAGGUGAAGUGUUCCCAAAUGAGAGAUGCGGAGGCCAUGGCACUGGGAGAGCGAAAAGCCAAACCUACAGGGGAGAGUAUGUCGACGUACCGCUCGGUGUUUGUCGCCGCCGCUCUCUCACUAACUCACUGGGUGUGCACUCACUAACGCAAAAGCAUGAUGGGGAUUUGGGACUGAGCCUGCUGCGGUCAACGCCGUCAGCCUCUCAAUGACCAAUAAAAAAAAAAGUUUCAGCACCUUU